AUGCCGUUGAGGAAAUCUUCGCCUUCCUCGUCGUCGGCGAGGGGCGCGUCGCAGCCGCCGCCGAGUCGGUCCGGUGGAUUCCAUCCGUUCGGUGGGAGGGUGUCGAGGCAUUUCGGGGAGACGCUGCACCCCGAAGACCCCUACCUCAGCUACCACGACGUGCGGCUCACGCGCGAAGACAUCGCCUCGAUCCGGGACGACUGGCUCACGGACAACGCCAUCGCCUUCUGGGAGGAGUACCUCGAGCACGAGCACCUGCCGCACUACCCCAACGCGCAGAUCGUGCUGCUCCGGCCCUCGAUGAGCUUCAUGCUGCAGAACACGCCGGACCCGCUCAGCCUGAAGUCCGCGCUGCCGGACCUCUCCCGCACGACGCACGUCUUCCUCCCCGUGAACGACUGCCGCAACCUCGAGGAGGCCGAGGGCGGCUCGCACUGGUCGCUGCUGCUGGUCUCCAUCAUCGACCGCGUCGCCUUCCACUACGACAGCCUGGCCGCGGGCAACGUGCCGGACGCGAAGCGCGUGGCCGUGCGCCUGGCCCAGCUGCUCGGCGGCCCGCCCCUGCGCUUCGUCAACCUGGACGACACCCCCCAGCAGAGCAACGGGAGCGACUGCGGCGUCUUCGUCUGCCUGCUCAUGCAGCACCUGCUGCUGCGGAAGCUGCUGACCGCCCACGCCCAGGACAAGAUCUCCAUGUCGAUGCGCGGCAAGGACGUCGACGCGCGCGGCGGCCGGCGGGAGAUGCUGAGGAUCAUCGAGGAGAGGAGGAGGGAGGGGGAGAGGAGACGUUCGUGA